GCUGCUGUCAAGGAGUGGCCGGUCCCAAAAGACAAGACACAGGUUAGAGCAUUUUUGGGUUUGUGCUCUUAUUAUCGGCGAUUUGUGAAGAACUUUGCGGAUAUAGCCAAACCUCUGCACAAGCUAACCGAGGAGAAGAGACAAUUCUGCUGGGAUGAAAGUUGCGAUAUUGCAUUCCAGGAGCUCAAGAACCGUCUGUGCAAAACACCUAUUUUGGGGUACCCUGAUGCGGGCAAGGAAUUCAUAGUUGACACAGACGCAAGUGAUAUAGGACUUGGCGGUGUGUUGUCUCAACGGGAUGGUGAUCAAGAGAUUGUGAUAGCGUACUUCAGCAAGUCGUUGUCAAAGCCGGAAAGGAACUAUUGUGUCACAAGACGGGAAUUGCUUGCUGUGGUAAAGUCCUUGUAGCAUUUUAGCAAAUAUCUUCUAGGGCGGUAAUUCCACUUACGAACUGGCCAUGCUGCACUGAAAUGGUUAUUGCAGUUCAAAAAUCCGGAAGGACAAGUUGCGAGAUGGAUUGAACUACUGCAGGAAUACGACUUUGUGAUCGAACAUCGCAGCGGGAAAUCUCAUGGCAAUGCAGAUGCAUUGUCAAGAAGACCUUGCCCUGAAGAUUGCAAGCAUUGUACUAGGCAAGAGGGUAAGGAAGUGGUAUCUGUGAGAAUGCUCUGGACAGACCAGCUCAGCAAUGAGUGGAAGGACAGCCUACAACAUGCACAGCAGGAAGAUUCGGACAUUAAGCCGGUUCUGGAAUGGAUGAAGGCCAGUGCUCCUAAGCCCAAGUGGAGCGACGUCUCAGCAAUGAGUUCGACCACGAAAAGCUAUUGGGCCCAACGGGACAGCUUGCUGAUUCAGGAUGGAGUCCUGUGCCGUAAAUGGGAAAAUGGUCGGGGAGACAGGUGUCAUUUGCAAAUGGUUGUCCCUAAGGCUAAAGUGCCGGAUAUUCUACAGCUGUACCAUAGUGGUUGUUCAGGAGGCCACCUGGGAGUUAAACGAACUCUCCUGAAGAUCCGAGAACGGUUUUACUGGGUCCACUGUCGUGACGAUGUCGAGGACUGGUGCCGCAAAUGUACAAGUUGUGCGGCUGUAAAGGGACCUCAAAUUCGUAGUAGAGGCGCAUUGAAAUUGUACAAUGUUGGUGCACCAUGGGAGAGGAUAGCCAUUGACGUUGCGGGGCCGUUUCCAGAAACUGAAAGUGGUAACAAGUAUUUCAUGGUAGUGAUGGAUUACUUCACUAAGUGGCCAGAAGUCUUCGCCAUUCCAAAUCAAGAAGCUUCAACAGUUGCAGAUAAACUAGUUCAUGAAGUCUUCUGUCGUUUUGGAGUACCUUUAGAAAUUCACAGCGAUCAAGGAAGGAAUUUUGAGUCUCAAAUAUUCCAGGAAACUUGCCGAGUUAUGGGUACUCAGAAAACACGAACAACUUCUUACCACCCACAAUCUGAUGGAAUGGUAGAAAGAUUUAAUCAGACCUAGCAAAAGUUGUGGAAAAACGGCAACGAGACUGGGACAGGCACAUACAAACGUUUUUGUUGUCAUAUCGAAGCGCUGUUCACGAAAGUACAUCAGUGACACCAGCUUUCGCAAACUUUGGGAGAGAAUUGCGGCUGCCUGCAGACCUGAUCACCGGAAUACCACCUGAUGCCCCACGCAGUAUAACCGAUUAUGCAAACGACUUGCGGAACAAAAUGAAUGACAUUUAUGAACACGUCAGACAGACGGGCCAGCAAACGUCUGAGAAGAUGAAAACACGGUAUGACCGCAAAAUGAACAACAAGGGGUUUGAUGAAGGUUCACUAGUGUGGUUACACAAUCCAGUUCGCAGCAAAGGGAAAUCUCCUAAGCUUCAAGCUAAAUGGGACGGACCGUACCGGAUUGUGACAAGGAUCAAUGAUGUAACCUACUUGUAAUGUGGGAAAAUUGCAAAGGCAGAAAAGUGGCAACAUUGAACCUAAAUUGCAAUGGGGAUCCACACGCAAAGCUAAUCGUAGAGGGCACCAGCGGCGCCAUGGCUGCUGUCAAAUUGUUGUAGAUUAGUUUACAUGAGGAGAUUUUGCUUUUCUUUGUAUUGAAACUGGUUGACCAUCGAUCAUUUUAAGAUGUAUUGUACCUGGAAGCUUAAAGAAUUGAAAGACGAACUAAAAAAACGAGGAGCGAAGAUAACUGGAAAGAAAUCAGAUCUUGUUGAGAGGUUAGAAUCAUAUGACCGAAAUUUUAAUUUCGGCAAUCAAAGCCCUCUAGCUUCUCAAAGUCAAGCAAUUGAUGUUCCUGCUGUGGAACUUUACCAGGACGUUAAUAGCUGCACGAUAUUGCCAAAGAUUACCAAAAAACAUAUUCAAAGUUAUUUUGAUAGAUUCAUUAAAAUUAUCAGUGAUGCUGUAAAAUUGUAUGAAUCAAGAUACCUUCUUAUUUUACGAUCAACAACAUUUGCCCUAGAUACAUACUUAAAAGGUUUUUGCAAGGCAUCUAUGAAACAACUACAAUAUGAGGUAAACAUCAAAUUAAAUAAUGAUGGAAUGCCUGAAGAAGCAACAUGUGAAUGUGCAGCAGGAGAAGGCAAAGAAGCCCAUUGUAAACAUGUAGCUGUGGUACUUCUUGCUGCUGAAAAUAUUGUUAAGGAAAAAAUAAUACUGCUACAUGAAGUUACGACAUCACAACUUCAAACGUUUCAUAAGCCUACAAAAAAAUAUUAUGCCACACCAUUGCGAGCCUCCAGAUUGCCAUCCAAAAGGGAUUUACAUAACAUUGUUUACUCUCCAUAUUUAAAACAAAACCCUUAUUUUGAUAAAAAGGCAAUUCCAAUUUUAAAUUAUCCACUCUCAUCGAUGCCCCUUAAACAAUUAUUUCCAGCAGCUAACCAACGAGCAAUAUGUUUAGAUCAUAAAUAUAUGGAAAAAAGUGCACAGGAUGUUUUUUUAGAAUCCAUUAAUUUACAAAAUUUAACUGAAGAAAGAUUAGUGGAAAUCGAACUGGAGACUAGAGGACAAAGUUUCAAUCCAAAGUGGCAUGAGUAUCGACUAACGCACAUCACAUCAAGUAUAUUUCACACUGUGUGCCAUUUGAAAAGUGAAACUUUAGUAAAAUAUUGUAACCAAAUAUUAAAUAAAAAUCUAGUCCAAACAAGAGCGAUGGCACAUGGGAUGAUUAAUGAAAAAGUAGCCAUUAAAAAAUAUAUGGAGAUUUAUGGGGUGGUUGUUGAUGAGUGUGGAUUAUUUUUGUCUCAGGAACAACCUUAUCUAGGAGCAUCUCCAGAUGGCUUACUAGGAUCGGAAACAAUAAUUGAAGUAAAAUGCCCUUAUGCUUCCAGAAACCAAGAAAUCGGUCCUCUUACAGUACCUUACCUACAAUUUGAUUACAAUGGACAACUUACUUUAAAAAAAACUAAUAUUUAUUACUAUCAAAUUCAAGGGCAAUUAUAUGUAACAAAAAGAAAAUUUUGUAAUUUAUUAGUUUUUACCUAUAAAAGUUUAAAAGUAAUAUUUAUUGAACGUGAUGAACAGUUCAUUACGGAUAUGUUGAGAAAACUUGAUUAUUUUUAUUACAACUUCUUUAAAAAUGCUGUAACCAACAAAUAUUUUUUUAAGGAUUAAGAUUUUAUAAUAUGCUAGGGCUGAAUCUGAAUGAGAGGGUGAGAAAUUGUGUGAUAAGAGAAAAGUGUGUUUUAAAAUGUGAUGUUGUGAACAGGAUUAAGAAAGAAAUUCUUUGGUGGUUUGGUUGUGUGGAAAGAAUGAACAAGGAAAGAGUGACAAAGCAAAUUACAGAUUACAGAUGUGAACAGCAGAGUCGGGAAGGGAUGCCCUAGACUAAGGUUUAUCGACCAAAUUGGAAAUAAAUUGAAAAUGGGCCAGAUUAACAGAACCCUUAACCAACGAGCAUGUAUGACUGUAUGUAUAUGGAUGUAAAGGAGGCGAGAGAGAGGUGUGUCAGGAUUGUGUUAAAUGGAAGUCCGUAGUCUCUGUUUACCCCUCUGGAUAACAGGCGUGUUUAUAUUGUUUUUUAAGAUUUUAUAAUAAACUAUAUGAACAGUUA